AUGAGUUGGCAUGAUAGAGAUGCACAGCAGCUCUUCAAAUUUGCUGAUUCUUGGUCUAAACGAGAAGAGCAGCGCAGAACAUGGUGGACUAUCUUUGUGCUUGACAGAUUCAUCAAUAUCGACACAAGUGGACUACCAUUUGCCGCUCCAGAACCUUGCCCUGACGAGCUACUACCAGUCAACGAUGAAGACUGGGUUUUGGAACAAUCCUUGAGCAACGUUUCUUCUUCUUCGGCGUCAUCUUUGGCAUGUGCUUCCGCCAUUUGCAUUAGUGCCCAAGCGCUCCUAUACGGAGCUUAUGGUUGUCCUGACGCCCCUGGAAUAACAAGUCGAGAACGCUUGACACACGAAACAGAAUUGCAGAGUAUUAGCGUUCAAGGUCUGAGAGCGCUAGGUGGUUCUUUGACUCCUAAGUUGGCUCAGAUUCAGUCAGAUUGUCCUCUUCAAGCAAGAUGUUUUUAUACUGCUUGUAGUGCAUGCUCAUGGUUUAUUCGGGAAGACAAUGAACCACAGAUGAAAGAUGCUUUGGUGAUUAUCGUCGAUGGGCUUAAAAGGCUAUCUGACCGUUGGCCAAUCGCGAGUGAGUACUUCAGACUUUCAUCAAACAAUUAUGAACAAUUGAGUUCUCUAAGUGGGUCUCCAAUAUAUAUAACACCACCGCCAAUGCCUUCGAGCGAACGUCGGCGCCGUGAGGGUCACCAAGACUCUCACACUCACACUCACACUCACACUCACACUCACACUCACACUCACAAUGGCGUGUUACACGAUGAGACUUCGCCUUUGCUUCCAAGGAUAUCAGAAGUCAGCGAAAAUGGAACGGCAAAGUCGUUGACCGACGUCCAUAGCCUCUUGGCUGAAGCGAAACUACUAUGCCAAUACUCCCUCCCUUUGAUCGCGACGUACCUUCUUCAGUAUUCUUUUACUGUCAUUACAACCAUUGUCGCGGGUCGUUUAGGUGCUGAGGAAUUGGCAGCUUCAAGUUUGGGUUUAACAACGAUUAACAUCAUUGGGUUCACCAUCUUUGAGGGCAUGGCCACGGCUCUCGAUACACUGUGUGCUCAGGCCUACGGGUCUGGUCGCUAUACCGGCGUCGGGAUGCACAUUCAGCGAAUGAUCGUGUUCAUGUCAAUCGUCAUGAUCCCCGUCGGUGCUAUUUGGCUGUGCUCCCACUGGAUUCUGCCAUUACUCGUUCCUCAGCGAAGCCUCGCUCUGAAAGCCGCCUCUUUCUUGCGGGUUAGCCUCGUCGGACUGCCUGGUUAUGCAUUCUUUGAGGCUGGUAAGAGGUUUCUUCAAGCGCAGGGGGAAUUUGCUCCUGGAAUGGUCAUUCUCAUUAUUUGCGCUCCCGUCAAUGCCUUUCUGAGUUGGUACUUUGCUGUCAAACUUGACAUGGGCCUCGAUGGCGCUGCUUUCGGCCAGGCUCUUGCUAAUAACCUUCGACCUGCGCUUCUUCUGUUGUAUGUCGUGUUCAUUGGCAAGAAGUCUCACCGAUGCUGGGGCGGCUGGGAUAGCCGUGCUGCAUUUGCGAUUCGUGAAUGGGGCCCCAUGGUCCGUCUCUCUGUCGCAAGCACCGCCGUUAAUCUUGCAGAGUGGCUCGCUUUUGAGAUCCUCAUGGUCAGCACCUCUUACCUUGGUACCCGUCAUCUGGCUGCGCAAACAGUUCUCAACACGCUUUCCAUUGUUACAUGGCAUAUACCGUUCUCGAUAAGUGUUGCAGUCACCACUCGCUUCGGUCAUCUGGUUGGUGCUGGGGCACUCAAGGAAGCACGACGUGCUGCUAUUUUAUACUCUGGCGUCUUCACCGUGGUUGGUAUCCUCGAUGGCGCAUUCCUCUACGUCUUGCGAAACCCGCUCGCAGACAUGUUCUCCGACGACAGUACGGUCAGAGACCUUGCCACAGGAUCAAUGGUUGCUGUUGCAUGCUUUCAGGUCAUCGACUCAAUCAUCUGCGGCACCAACGGUGUGUUGAGAGGUCUGGCAAAGCAGUCUGUUGCUGCGUGGGUUGUCCUGGCAGUCAAUUACCUUGCUGCCGUGCCAUUUGCCAUAUGGCUGGAGCUAGGAAGCCCAAACCUCAAGCUCGACGGUCUUUGGAUCGGUCUUGGAAGUGGUAUGGUUAUUAUUGCGAUUAUUGAAUGUGUGUAUAUGAAGUGGAUUAGCUGGCAAGAUUGCGUAAACGAUGUGAAGGAGAGAGAGGAUGACGGGACAUAG